ACACUGAUAUGAGCGAACGAUGAAAUGAGACGCACACAUAUAUGAGAAUCUCAGGUAUCCCGUAGUGACAGACCGAUCGUCGUUCUCUGAAACUACACUCCCUAUCACGGACAUCUCCGCAAGACUCCUGCCAUGAAGGCUAUCCUGGUGAUCGCUCUGAUCCUUUGCCUCGCUGCAGAAUCAUACGCGUCAAUUCUACAACGGCAAGCCUGCCUGCUUCCACCAGAACCUGGACGGUGUAUGGCUUACAUCCCAAGGUUCCACUACAGUCGGGCUGCUGGCACUUGCCGAGAGUUCAUAUACGGUGGUUGUGGUGGCAACACAAACAACUUCAGGUCGUUCAACGAGUGUAUCGCUGCCUGUUCGAGCACCAGAGGUUGAAGCGACAAACCCUCGUUUGUCAACCGAAGUUGGCAGGAUUGCUGCUUUUUGAGACGCAAUAAACGAGUGACACCUCAAUCCAUCCCCUUUA